UCUCUUACCUUGUUUUAUUAACCUUGAAGUCUUGAGGAUGAUGAUGAGUCGUGGUUGCACCAGGUUAACCAGCUACAUCGGUCCACAAUACUUGUACACAGCAACAACAUGGAGGACCCUUUCCAAAGACAUCGUUAGUGAUUGCAUCAAGGCACCCGCUUCUGUCCUGCGCUGCAAGAGCUCGGUGGCCCUCGGUGGUGACGAACAACAGAAGGAGAAGCAAGCCAAAGAUGCCAAAGGUAUCGUCAGUUAUUGGGGCUUGGAGCCAACUAGGGUGUCCAAAGAGGACGGUGCUCCAUGGAAGUGGACCUGCUUUAGGCCAUGGGAGGCAUACUCAGCAGACUUGUCAAUUGAUCUGAAGAAGCAUCACGAGCCAAUGAAUCUGCUGGACAAAAUAGCUUAUUGGACUGUCAAAGCUCUUAGAUGGCCAGCAGAUCUCUUCUUUCAAAGGAGAUAUGGUUGCCGUGCAAUGAUGCUGGAGACGGUGGCAGCGGUGCCAGGGAUGGUGGGAGGAAUGCUGCUGCACUGCAAGUCCUUGAGGAGAUUCGAGCACAGUGGAGGUUGGAUCAAAGCACUGCUGGAAGAAGCUGAGAAUGAGCGUAUGCACCUCAUGACGUUCAUGGAGGUGUCCGACUCUAGAUGGUACGAGCGCGCCCUUGUGUUUGCUGUCCAAGGUGUUUUCUUCAAUGCUUACUUCUUGGGCUACAUUGUUUCACCUAAAUUCGCCCAUCGAGUGGUGGGAUACCUUGAGGAGGAAGCAAUUCACUCUUACACCGAGUUCCUCAAGGAGUUGGACAAUGGAAACAUAGAGAAUGUCCCUGCUCCACCUAUUGCCAUUGAUUAUUGGCGUUUGCCCCCAAACUCCACUCUGAGAGAUGUCGUUUUGGCUGUGCGGGCAGAUGAGGCACAUCACCGUGAUGUUAACCACUUCGCAUCUGAUAUACAUUAUCAGGGACGCCAGCUGAAGGAAGCUCCUGCUCCCCUUGGUUAUCAUUGAAAGCCGGCAUUGCCCCAUAUUCCUUUUCGUUCACAGUCAUAAUAUCAGUGCUGCUUCUUUUAUUACUUUAAGAUAGGUAAAUCAAUAAGAACAACCUU